CACAAAAUUAGCACCAGCCACCAAAUAGAUGCUGGUAAAAUAUGCAAUUAGCUGAUAGAUUUGCUUCACUCACCAGCCAAAAAAACAAUGUAACCCUUUUGAGCGCCUGGUAAAAUUUGCUAACCAUUUGGCUAGUGGACCAUGAAAUUUGCACCCUUUUUUUUUGUUUCUCUGUUUUUAUUAAUGCAUAACCCUUUUUACCACCAUUCUCAGCAUUAUUGUUGCGUAACUUUAAUUUUUAUUAUGGCCAGAAUGAUUAUUCCUUUUUGUGCGUGUGUGUGUGUGUGUGUAUAUUUGUGCGUGUGUGCAGGAGGCAUGGAUAUAGACGUGGAAGGGAUUAUCCAGUGCAUCAGGCAGGGGAAUGAGAACGGUGUUCAGACACAGCUGCAGGAAUUCAACAAAGAGUAUGCCCAGUGCUUCUUCUUUGAUACAGAGGAGAGGGAUCGAAGGAAAAAAAUAAAACUAGAAGAGUUCAGGCAGAAUAAAGUGAGAGAUUACACUGAUUCUGACUCAGACUGUGAUGAGUACGACCAGCAGGAUCGAGGCGUCAUCCUCAGACAGAGCUUGGGCGUUGUCCUUGUGAGGUUCAUUAGAACAGGGGUUAAAUGUCGUCUGUUGAGAGUAGCCCUGCGCACCCUGAGGAUCCUCUCCAGAGACCAGAAGGUCCUGAGCCCCCUGGUGACCGACACCGCUCUCCUCACUUUAGCCAAACUUGCCGGGCUGACCACAACUGAUGCAGGCGACGAAGCCAACGAGUCUGACUCUGAAUUCUACGAUAACAUCAUCUCCACUCUCGCUGAGACCAGAGUGUUCCACAGUCGCACUGACGGAGACGACGCUGACAUUGAAACCAGCGACCCGAUUGACGAGUGUCUUGCCUACGAUGACGACGCCAAGAGCGACGUCAGCAACGCCAACAGCGGAGAACUGGACAGCAUCAGCUGGGUUGGGAGCCACAGGACCAGCAUCAACGAAAUGCAGAGAGGCGGCACGCAUAACAAGGGGCUGGAACGAGGGAGGAGGGACCGCAGAGAGAGCAAGAUGAUAGGGAAUGAAGAGGAAGAAGAGGAGGAGGGAGAAGAGGCACAGAGAAAAGAGGCCAUGAAGGUGUUGUGUAACGUGGUGUACAACAGCACCUGGGCACAGGAGAGGUUCAGUGCUCUCAGGCUCAUGUGUGGUCUCACAGAGCGUCUGUCCUCCGGCGUUAGUUGCUCAUCUCCCUCCAGUGUUCAGUUCUAUGAAUUACGACUCCUGUUUCUCAUUACUGCGCUGCGGUCAGAGCUCAGCACUCAGCUUCAACAGGAAGGCGGUGCAUCCAUCCUCACAACUUCUCUGGAGAACUGCCUGGAGGUUCGGUGGAAAGAUCAGUAUGAGUGUGAGCUGGAUCCGGCAGGACCUCCUAUUUCUCUGGAGGCCUCUCAGUGCGCCAUAGAGAUCCUCAAAAUCCUCUUCAACAUCACCUACAGCAUCCACAGGCAGGAUCCAAGUGAGGAUGAUGCAGCUCUUUACCGACAUCUGGUGGCCAUCCUGCGUACUUGCCUCAUGAGGAAGUGUUUACUGACAGAUGAUACUGAUGAGCUGCAGGGUCACUCAGUCAACCUUUUGACAGCGCUUCCUCUUCAGUGUCUCGACGUGCUGCUGAUGGUGCCCCCGCAGCCCAACUCAGAACAGUGCCAGGGGGUCAACAUGGAUUGUGUCCACACCCUGCUGAUUUUCAUGGAGAGACGUCUGGAGUCGGGUGAUAAGGUCAAAGAGAAGCUGACACCAAUCCUCAAUCUGCUGACAGAGAGCUGCCGGUCCCACAAAGAAACACGCCACUACAUCAGGAAACAUAUCCUGCCUCCUCUGAAAGACGUCUCACACAGGCCGGAGGAAGGCUCCACAGUGAAGAGUCGUCUGAUUCGUCUCAUGACCCACCUGGACACAGACGUCAAACACUGCGCCGCUGACCUCAUUUUUGUCCUCUGCAAGGAAAAUGUGGGUCGUUUUGUCAAAUACACAGGCUACGGUAACGCAGCGGGCCUGCUCGCCACCAGAGGCUUGCUUGGCGGGGGGUCCAGAACCCCCGUCUCUGACGCCCAAUACUCCAGCGACUCCGACUCGGACACCGAGGAGUACCGGCAGAUGAAAGAUCGCAUCAAUCCUGUGACAGGGCGGGUGGAGGUAGAACAGCCGGACCCCAUGGAGGGCAUGACGGAGGAGGAGAAGGAGGAGGAGGCCAAGAGGCUGAUCAUGCUCUUUAACAAGCUGUCCAGAGAUAACAUUAUCCAGCCGAUGGGAGUGGACGCAGAGGGGAAGCUGGUCCCGAUGGCAGGACUGAGGGAGAACUCCCUUGAGGAGGGGAAGUCUGGGUCAGAGCACGACGGAGAAGCAGACGAAGGACAGAAGGACUAACUUGAUCCUAAAGUCUGAC